GCGGUGAUAUCGGUUUAACGUUACCCAUUCCGAUUUCGUUUUGCUUGGUUUCUUGCUGCCAAAGCAGUAUUUUGUUUCGUCGACCCGAUAGAAAUCGAAAGCGGUGAGCGGCCAGGAGAAACAGACGUGCAGUGCUAAAGCGUGGAGAGAUGGCGUCGAAGUCGAUCGCUCACGAUGUGGCCGCAUACCAAGAUACCCUUCGCUUUGGAUUGGAAGGUGUUAAGAGGGAAAUCGUUGGAUCCCAUCCCCUUGAAACCCUGCGGGAGACGGCUAUGAAGGACUUGGAGGAGAAGAAGCGGUUAAUUACGGAUGUCACUUAUGGAUCUGCCUUCAAUUUGAAGAUGGACCUGGACAAACAGAUCCUCUCCAGAUUUCAGAGGCCCCCUGGCAUGCUUACGUCCUCCAUGCUAGGUUUAGAAGCUCUCACUGGUGGCCUGGAAAAGUUUAUGUUUGAAGAUUACCUUAAUAUGCCUCAAGAUUCUGAGACAUUCCGCCCGCUUGACAUGCAUCACGGCAUGGAAGUUCGCUUUGGCCUUUCUAAGGGGCCUGUUUGCCCCAGUUUUAUGUGAAAGUCCUUUUUUGUUGAUGUUAUGUUGUCAUGUCGAAACUUAAAUUGAAAACAUUAUGGAGUAUGUAUGGUUUGCUGCUUAGGAAAGAAAUUAAAUUGUGUCAUUCAUGAUUGUCAUUA